GUGUGUCAUGAACCAAGAAACAUGUCAAAAUUAAGUGUAUCCAGUCAAAAAACAAAACAAUUUAACCGGAAAGGGAGUAGUAAUUCCAAAGAAAAUAAAUCUUUGAUUUUAAAGAAAGAAAACACCCAAGUUGAACCCGAUUUUACAAUCAUCACCAAAUCACUCCAGUACAAUGUUGAAAUGGUGGAUAACACUUUCAUUGUCAGACCUUAUACUCAAGAAACUUCCCAUCCAAACAAAAGUCAAAGUCAAACUCUUGGAACUUCUAGAUCGAAAAAAGGGGAUGAAAUACCAAAAACCCCUAACAAAACAACAAUAAAACCUAACAUUAGUGGUGUUAACACGAAACAGAAACUGUUCUCCGCUCAAAGUAAAAUUGCUACACACACCAGUUUAACUACUUAUUCAAGAAUAAAUAGUCCAUUGAACGCCAGCUCUCGGUUGUUGAGCAGGGAUCAAAACUGCAUUCUGACAAAAAAGAGCAGGGAGUUCUUGACUUUGGUUAAUCAAGCAAUCAAGUUGCAGAAAAUAUUCUGUAUUGGUAAUCAAAACAGAAAAGCGUUUCCUACGGUGCGAAGUUCUCUAAUGGAAAGAGGAUGGGUCGAAAAAUGUUCUGCAGAAGUUAUGGCUGAAGAAGAAUCAAUUAAUUCUAAAACCGCAGAAAUUACCAUACGUCUACUGAAAGAAGCACCAGUUAAUUUUGUCUGGGUGAUGAAUUCCAUUGACUUUGGAAGUUUUAGUGAGGAUGCAAUAAUCAGCCGAUUCCCUAAAAACAAUCAUUUUUCUACAAAGGUAGGACUGUGGCAUUUUAUGGAGGACUUCCAUUGGUUUUAUCAGCCCAACGUUUCACAGACUAUAACACCUAAAACUUUUAGAGUGAGCAAUAAAGAAGAGAUGGACAUAUUUAUGAAAGAGUUUUGUCUCUCAGCCUGUGUCGGUCUUCUGAAGAUAAUUGUCAACCAAGUGGCGACAGCAGAUUCUGACAGCUUCUUUAGAAAUGGGAUGGUACCAUUAAGUGUAUUUGACUUUGCAAACGCUCAAUGUUCCGAGUAUAUUCUUCACCGCCAUCAUGAUGACAUUGAUAGAAAAAAUAGCAGUGAAACAACAUUGGAGGAUUGGAACAAUUACCUAUUUUGGUUCUACAAAAUUGCUCACGAGAAAGAAAACUUUGAAACUACCUCUUAUCCAAUGAUUCAGGCGUUAUAUACGAUGAGCAAAAUGACCCUAAAGAACAUGGAACCCUACUGGCCGUUGUUGGAGCUAGAGGGAUGCUGUAAUCUCUGGGUGAUCAAACCCCCAGCAGACUUCUGUGGACGAGGGGUGCGAGUGAUGCAGACCAUUCACGACAUCAUCAACCAUGUACAGCUGCUGGGCGACAACAAGUACAGCCGGUGUAUCAUUCAGAAGUACAUUGAAAGACCCCUACUUGUGUAUGGAACCAAGUUUGAUAUCAGACAAUGGUUUUUGGUAACAAGUGUAUAUCCACUGGUAAUAUGGAUCGCUAGAGAAUGCUACCUGAGGUUCAGUUCACAGCCGUUUUCCCUCGUCAAUCUGCACGAGUCUGUUCAUUUGACUAACAAUGCCAUACAGAAGAACUAUACCAACAGCAAUGAGCGAGACACCAGACUACCAGCAGAGAAUAUGUGGCACUGCUCUACCUUCCAACAGUACUUGAGAGACAUAGGUGAAACUACCAGAUGGGACUCAAUGAUACUUCCGGGGAUGAAAGAGGGAAUCGUCGGAGCAGUUUUGGCCUCUCAGGAUGAGAUGAUUGAGAGAACCAACAGUUUUGAGUUGUACGGAGCUGAUUUUCUGUUGGGAGCUGACUACACUCCUAUACUGCUGGAGAUCAACAUGGGUCCAGCAAUGGCUCCUUCCACCAGCAUUACAGCCGAUCUGUGCAAGAGAGGACUGGAGGACAUCAUCAAAGUUGUUUUGGACACAAGACACAACCAAAGCGCUGAAACAGGAAUGUUUGAGUUGUUAUACAAACAAGAGAUGGGCCCUCGCCACCCUCAUACAGGCCUAGACCUGGUAGUUACUGGCUCCAAGCUCACUAAUGGGAGAAAAGUCAGAAGACCAAACUGAGCUAUAAGAUAAAUAAAAAAGUUU